AUGUCUGCCAGUAUAAUUCCUGACCAGUCUGUCCCACCCACUCCCGUCACCCCGAAUGGAACACAGAACCCAUCAGAGGCUCAGCUGCCGAGCAACACUGACAAUGGGGCCACAAACCCCAAUCCAGAACUCAAUAGCGAUAUGCCGCCACCUCCGGAAGUCCACCUCAACGGUAUGCCUGCGUCGACCUCUCACACAGCAAAUGGCGGUGCUAGCGUUGGGUGGGGCUCCAAUUUCUGGGUUACACUGGUCGAUCCACAGACUCAGGUAUCAUUCUUUGCGUGUCCAGCUACUGGUGAAGUGAGCUGGGACCCUCCUGUCGGUAAUUUCUUGCUGCCUCCAAAUCCUGAGGGUGAGUGGUGGGAGAUGAUAGAUGAGACAAGCGGGCUGCCGUAUUAUUAUCAAACUAAAACCGGAGAAACCGUGUGGGAGCGUCCGCAGGCCUUCGUUAUACCUUUGACCACACUCCAGAAUACUGCCCUCGGGCGUCGUCUCUCCAUCCGGCAGUCUACCUACUUAGCAGCCAACAGCUCGCCAAGCACUCCGUCAACUACACCUGAACGCUUGCCAUACCGGCGUUCACAUUCGUACACAAACGAUAAGGAUUUGUCCAGACAAAGCCAGAGUCCACGGCGGCGGUCCCAGUCCUCCACGCGCCGCAGCCCUCCGGGUACGCCAACGCAGCUUUCCAGUCCAGGCUCCUUGAAAAAGCAACAGGCGGUCAGACGGACCUCCAGCAACGAGUCUCACCUUCCGAGUCCUAACGCGAGCGGCGGCCCACUUGCAUAUCCACGUGGACAUUCCCUAGCGCCGAUCCCAGGCUCUCCCUACGCGACCGAUGUGUCGCCGCCACCUUCACCGUCGUCUCGCAGGUCGAAACCGUCCACUCCCGUGCGCGAGCGGGCGCCGUACCGCCAGGACCGAAGAUCCAAAAGAGACGGGGAGAAGGACAGCCCGCCGCGUAUGAUGACCGCUGCCGCUGCCGACUCGCUGGGUGGCUCACGAUCCAAAUCGUCGUCGUACCUCUCGUACCACGCCCCGCAACCCCAGAGUCUCAGUGCCGCGCUCGAGAUGAUUACGCUCUCUAACUCCAACUCGCAGUCUUCCAAUUACUCAGAGAUCCAGCCCCUGCACGCCUAUUCAGACAGUGGUCAUAUCGAGCCCUCAUCAUCAUCGUCUUCGCACACGGAUCGUCCUCACGUUAGGAUCAGCACCGAUCCAGGCGUGAAUGGCUCAUUGCGUCCUGGACAUAUUCGUGGACACGAUUCCCCCCCGGCGACGCCAUUGCGUAUGAAGGGGAAGAGCAGGGAGAAGGGGAGUGUCCCACCAUCACCUCGGAGGCCAGUUCCAUCAAUCCCUCAAUCGAGCGCCAAAGGUACGAAGACCGUUUCAGGUGCUGUGCAGCUGCGAGGAAAGGACAUCAGCGGUCCCGUGGUCAAUCGUGAAGCCGCGAUGAACCUUAGCCCCAUGCCGGAUCCCACCACUGGGCAGCCUAUACCCGUUGAGUGUAAUCCUAAGCUGACGAGGCCAUCGACAUCGUCUCUAAACACAGGCAAGUAUCCGAUAUUGCCGUUCGAUUUGGCGUCAGAUAUCCAGCAAUUCUCCGAGUCUCAAUUCGCCAGACAGUACUUCUCAACGCACCGCACCGGCUUCAUCUUCAGACGGAAAGUUCCCGUCGAGCAAAUGAUGUCAUGGCAGAAGACUCCCCUCAGUUCCCCUCUCUUAUUACUCAAUCGCGCAUUGCACAAGAAUGCUAUCAAGAUUUUCAAGGUCAUCCAGCACAUUAUGGGGGAUCGAGAGCGGGAUCGGCCUCUCGGCGUGCGUGUAGCGUCUGACAACCUUGCCUCUUUAGUGAAACCUAUCAAUGGUUCAACAACCUCCUUGGUCGUUGGACCUUCAUCGGCUUUACUUGAGGAAGAGCGUUGGCUCCUCGGCGAGGGUCUAUUGCAUGGCGAGUUACGUGACGAGAUAUACUGCCAGGUGAUGAAGCAGCUGAACGGGAAUUCUAAUACUGAGAGCGUGUUCAAGGGAUGGCAACUUCUAUGUGUCCUUCUAGUGACUUUCCCGCCUUCCAAAAACUUCGAGACGUCUCUUCGCUCGUACAUGCAGCAGGCAACCACCCAGCAAGAGGGGCGUGUGGAUGUUAUGGCGAAAUACUGUAUUCGACGACUGGCUCAUAUUUCCAGCAAAGGGCCGCGGGGUAAACCGCCGAGUGUAGCGGAGAUUGAGACCGCUUCUGAUGCAGCAUUUCAUCCAUCCAUCUUUGGCGAAUCUCUGGAUGCCAUCUUCAGGUUGCAAGAGCGAAACUACCCGCACAUGCAAGUCCCUAUCAUUCUCCCUUUCCUCGCGGACGGUAUCUUGGCGCUGGGUGGUACCAAGUCCGAAGGAAUCUUCCGUAUUCCCGGAGACGGUGACGCUGUCUCUGAGCUGAAGCUGCGGAUCGAGAAAGGGUACUAUAGCCUUGAGGAUGUCGAUGACCCACAUGUCCUUGCUUCGCUGCUGAAGCUGUGGCUUCGCGAGCUGUGUGACCCGCUCAUUCCCGACGAGUUGUACAAUGACUGCAUCACGCACUCCAAGGAGCCGGACACGUGUGUACAGAUUGUGCAUCGCCUCCCAACGAUCAAUAGGCGUGUUAUCCUGUUCGUUGUUAGCUUCUUGCAGCUAUUCCUCGAAGAGAAAGUCCACACAGUGACGAAGAUGACUGCGCCCAAUCUGGCGCUAGUCAUGGCGCCCAACCUCCUGCGAUGCAACUCCGAUUCGAUGGCUGUGGUUUUCACUAACGCUCAGUAUGAGCAGACCUUUGUGUACAAUCUCCUCUUGCAUCUGAAAUGCCACGAGGUUGACCCGGAAUAUGCUCCCACUCACGGCCAAGGCGCCAUACCCGCUGCUUCCCCCAUACCUCGUACAUCAAAAUCUCGUCGCAGGACAAACCGCUGA